AUGCAAGCUGUGCACCACGUUCCUGCAGAAGCAGCCCGCACAUUCGCUCGCGCGAGCACUCCAUGCCGUUGCCCUGGAGCGCUGUGGUCGCAAAGACGAGGCGGUGCAGCUGUGUCAGGAGACGGUUUCAGCAGGUGCUGCGGCCUCAAGCGGAACAGGCGCGUACCUCGACGACACUUGUCUCAACACCCUGCAGGCACAGCCUGCAGAUCAUUUUGGUCAUGCAACUUUUGGGCCAUGGCUGGAGGCUGCCUGGAACAGGGAACCGGACAUGGAAGAGUACGCGUCAGCACUUUUCCUGAACCAAGUCCGGCUCCGGGAGUUUUCCAAGGCACAACAGGUGGCUACGAAGAUGUAUCGGAAGUUCAAUAA